AUCAGUCUCACAUUUCACACUCGCUCCCCACUUCGCAUCGCCGAAGCACCACCACUUCACGCACUCCACUGUCCGCUCCAGUACUCCACUCCACCGAAGCGCACGCUCCCCGCCAGGAGCAGAGGAGGAGGGGAUGCCGGGCGGCGUGGUGGACGCGGCCGCCAAGGGCGUGAGAAUGGAGCGGCACGCGGCGCUGCUGCGGCGCGCGGCGGGGGCCAAGCAGCUGGUGUCGGCGUCGUCACAGCUGCUCUUCCGCGCCACCGUGCUCGCCACGCUGGCGCUAGUCGUCCUCUUCGCCGUGCACUACCCGUCCAUGCUCUCCCGCUCAUUCAGCCUCUCCGCAGCGCCCGCGUCCGGCGCCUCGUCCUCGCGGUCGCGGCACUCGCACCGGAGCCUGCUGGGCUCGAGGCCGGCGUCGCGCUGGAGCGCCGCGUGGGAGCGGGAGGUGCGGCGCAGCGCCGCGCCGCGGCGGGACGGGGCGCUGUCGGUGCUGGUCACGGGCGCGGCGGGCUUCGUGGGCGCGCACUGCUCGCUGGCGCUCCGCGCGCGCGGCGACGGCGUCGUCGGCCUCGACAACUUCAACGCCUACUACGACCCGUCCCUGAAGCGCGCGCGGCAGCGGCUGCUGGCGUCCCGCGGCGUGGCGGUGGUGGACGGCGACGUCAACGACGCGGCGCUGCUGGAGCGGCUGCUCGCGUCGGUGCGCUUCACGCACGUGCUGCACCUGGCCGCGCAGGCCGGCGUGCGGCACGCGAUGCGGGCGCCGCAGGCGUACGUGGCCUCCAACGUGGCCGGCCUCGUCGCCCUCUUCGAGGCCGCGGCAAGGCACGCCGACCCGCAGCCGGCGGUCGUGUGGGCGUCGUCGUCGUCGGUGUACGGGCUCAACACCCAGGCGCCCUUCUCCGAGGAGCACCGCACGGACCGCCCCGCGUCGCUGUACGCGGCCACCAAGAAGGCCGGCGAGGCCAUCGCGCACGCGUACAACCACAUCUACGGGCUCUCCAUCACCGGCCUCCGCUUCUUCACCGUGUACGGGCCGUGGGGCCGCCCCGACAUGGCCUACUUCUCCUUCGCCCGCAGCAUCGUCGCCGGCGAGCCCGUCACGCUGUUCCGCGCCGCCGACGGCUCCGACGCGCGCCGCGACUUCACCUACAUCGACGACGUCGUCAGGGGCUGCCUCGGCGCGCUCGACACGGCCGGCAGGAGCACGGGCUCCAGGUCCGGCCGCAAGCGCGGGCCCGCGCCGCUCCGCGUGUACAACCUCGGCAACACCUCGCCGGUGCCCGUCACCCGCAUGGUCGCCAUCCUCGAGAAGCUCCUGGGCAAGAAGGCGAUCAAGCGCGUCGUCACGAUGCCAGCCAACGGGGACGUGCCGUUCACGCACGCCAAUGUCAGCCACGCCGCGCGCGACUUCGGCUACCGCCCCGCCACCUCGCUCGAGGCCGGCCUCCGCCAUUUCGUCGACUGGUUCGUCAGGUACUACAAGGUCGACGUCAGGGGCGGGAAUGUCCUCGCCGGCAAGACCGCCAAGAGGAAAUCCAUGGCCAUGUCCUCAGCAUCGUGAGGAGCCGCCGCCGCUGUGUGUAAUUUUGCUCAUGGGAGCAGCAGGCUCCUUGCUCAUAAGAUAUGGUCUCAUUGUUUAAGCCUUGCUGCUUUUGCUUCUUCAUGAUGCUACCAUACUACUACCAUAGCAGUGCUUAGUGCCAUGGAAAAGGGUCCAUAGAUAAACUAAGCUUAACUGCUUGAGAAAAAGAAAAAGGUAGAGAAAAAAAAGAUGUGGGUAUAGAUAUACAGCAGAGCAAAGCAAAGGAGCCAUGUCUGAACAAA